GAGGAAGGAUUGUUUGACCUAGACGAGAAAAGAGAGUGAAGGGUAGAGGGCUGAAAGGAGCGCAGAUGGACAAUGCAGGGGAACCCUCAGCCAACCCUGGGGCCUGUUUUCCUAAGCAAGAUCCCGAGCGUGGUGGCAGUCACAUGAUCUCGACAGAUGACUUGGAGUAUCCAAGGGAAUACCGGACACUGGGGAAUAGUGCCCGCCGCUUCUCCAAUGUGGGCCUGGUGCACACGUCGGAGCACCGCCAUACCGUCAGCGCCGCCCAGAGUCUGGAGGCCCUGACCAAUCUGCACAAGGCUGACAUGGAACGGAAGAGGGAUGCCUUCAUGGAUCACCUGAAGAGCAAGUACCAGCAGCAGCAGCAGCAGCUGCAGCAUCCUCACCACAGCCCACACCACAACCCGCCAUCGCCCUCACCCUCCCACGCCAGCAUGAGGGGCACAUCAGAGAGGUCUGCACGAGAACAGCAACAGCCCAACUACUGGAGCUUUAAGAGCCGCAGUCCACGGCAUUCCCAGUCUACCCAGUCUGGGCUUGCCGACCAGGCUGCCAAGCUCUCCUUUGCCUCCGCUGAAUCCUUGGAGACCAUGUCGGAAGCCGACAUCCCCCUCGGGUUCAGCCGGAUGAACCGAUUUCGCCAGAGUUUGCCGCUGUCCCGCUCUGCCAGCCAGAAUAAGCUACGAUCUCCAGGUGUGCUGUUUCUGCAGUAUGGGGAUGAGACACGGCGGGUGCACAUUACCCAUGAGCUGAGCAGCAUGGACACGCUGCACGCUCUCAUUGUGCACAUGUUCCCUCAGAAGUUGACAGCAGGUAUGCUGAAGUCACCCAACACGGCCAUCUUGAUCAAAGAUGAGGCACGUAACGUCUUCUAUGAGCUGGAGGAUGUGCGGGAUAUCCAGGACCGCAGCAUCAUCAAGAUUUACCGCAAAGAGCCCAUCUACGCUUCCUAUCCUGCCGCAGCACACCUGGCUAACGGAGACCUGAGGAGGGAGAUGGUGUACUCCUCUCGUGACUCCUCCCCAACUCGCCGCCUCAACACCCUCCCCUCUUCUACGGCCUCAGUAUCUUCUGGCUCUCCAUCCCGCUCACGUCUCUCCUAUAGCGCAGGCCGCCCUCCAUCCUUAACUGGGUCUCAUCCCCAGCAUGAACAGCCCCGACACCCCCACCAUCCCUCUGCCGGCCACGGUGCCAACACAGGCCUGUCUCCCUCACCCAGCGCCAUCCUGGAGCGCCGUGAUGUCAAGCCUGAUGAAGAAGUUUCGGCAAAAAAUAUGGCAUUAUUGAAGAAUGAGGGGCUGUAUGCAGAUCCCUACAGCUUGAUGCAUGAGGGCCGCCUCAGCAUCGCCUCCACCCAGUCGCUAGCUACAAUCGGAGACCCCUUUAGCUUCCCUGUUUCCAGUGGCCUGUACCGCCGUGGCUCUGUGCGCUCCCUCAGUACCUAUUCAGCUGCUGCUCUUCAGGGGGACCUGGAGGACUCCCUGUACAAGCCUGGAGGUUCACUCUACUCUGACACAUAUUCCUCUGCUACGCUGGGCAUGGGUUUUCGCAUGCCGCCCUCAUCCCCACAGAAAAUCCCUGACAUGCAGUUGAGGGACAGGGACUCGUAUUCCAGUUCACUCAGCAGAGGCUCACCUGUCAGGCAGUCCUUCCGCAAGGACUCUGCCUCCUCUUCUGUGUUUGUGGAGAGCCCAAAAUCAAGACCCAGCUCCAGUUCAGAGCCUUUGUGUCUGACAGCCGGGCCUGGGGAGGGCAGCAGGGCAACAUCUGGCUUUGGUUCUUCAUUGUCUGGACAAGACUCUGACAUCAGCAGGGAUCAUCGCCUGGAGCGCAUGGAGGCCAUGGAGAAGCAAAUAGCCAGCCUGACUGGGCUGGUGCAGAGUGUGUUGACCAGAGCGCCAGACAGUGACAGCACAUGCGGCCUGCUGCGUCUCUGCAUGAUGGCGGGCUGCCCUCCGGACCAAGGGACGGAGUUCUCACGGACAUUACCUUUCUCUUCCAGCGAGAAGACUGAAACCAAUAGCGAUGGCUCCACCACUGGACGUGAGUUGUAUACAAAACUGUCGUCCUCGCAGUUUAGAAAUGAUUUAAAGAUUUCUUUUUCCUCUGGACGGCUGAAGCGGAAAGCCGGCAAUGUCUAUCCUUCUGUCCUCUUCCUGAGCACAGCCCAGCAAACUAACCAAUUUGUUUUCCAAAAAAAACCUCUAGCUCUGAUGCCACCACUGCCUUCUAACACAACCCCGGUGAACAGCAUCAGCCGCUUCCAGAUGCAGCUCCACUUGCAAGGUUUGCAGGAAAACGCCACCGAUCUCCGCAAGCAGCUCACCCAGUUACGCAAGAUACAGCUAGAGAACCAGGAUUCGGUGAAAACUCUGCUGAAGCGAACAGAAGCAGAGCUGAACGUGCGUGUUGCCGAUGCCCUGAGGAAGCAGGAGGAUCCCCUGCAGAGACAGCGUCUCCUGGUGGAGGAGGAGAGACUCAAGUAUCUCAAUGAGGAGGAGCUCAUCAUCCAGCAACUCCAUGACCUGGAGAAGUCAGUGGAGGAGAUCCAGAAGGAGUCAUCUGUCAACCACAAGCUGGUGACAGUGCAGGAGCUGGAGGAGAAGACCAAUGUUCUGAGAAAGCUGGGGGAGACACUCACAGAACUGAAAAAUCAGUUCCCGGGCUUGCAGAGUAAGAUGCGGGUGGUGCUGAGGGUUGAGGUGGAGGCCGUCAAGUUCCUCAAAGAAGAGCCACACCGACUCGAUGCCCUGUUAAAACGCUGCAAGACAAUAACCGACACCCUCACCACCAUGCGCAAACAAGCGAAUGAGGGGGUGUGGAAGAAGCAGGAGGACUUCUCUAGUCCUUCAUUAAAGCACAACGAUGAGUUGCGAAAGUUUUCAGGCUUUGACAUCCCCACCAGCCCGCCACUCAGCAUCACUGACCUUGGAGGAGGCAACAGCCUGUCCAACUGGAGUCCCCACACCAGCGUCAGCCUCGCCCAUAGGAACCCGUCCAGCCCUCACAAAAACAACCAUCCUCCUGUUCCUCAAAAGGGCAAAGCCCUGGAAGAACUGGAACGCCGUGCUGCUGCUGACAAAGCUUUGUCCGUGGAGGUCCGACUGGCAGCAGAGCGGGACUGGGAGGAGAAACGGGCCAGUCUCACCCAGUACAGUGCCCAGGACAUCAACCGGCUACUGGAGGAAACCCAGGCUGAAUUAAUGAAGGCUAUUCCAGAUCUUGACUUUGCUGCCAAGCAAAUAAAGCCCUCCUCCAAUACACCUUCCUCUCAGACCCCUCAGAAUGGGACUGGAACCCCGGAGCACCGCACCAGCAAGCCCCAACACAAGCUUUCUGGGAAAGAGGGAGGAUCCAGGCGUGGCUCUGAUGAGCUGACAGUACCACGGUAUCGCACGGAGAAACCAUCCAAAUCUCCUCCUCCUCCACCACCUAGACGUAGCUUCCCAUCUUCUCCAGGCCUGACCACCCGUAGCGGAGAGCUCCUCAUUCCUGGGAAAAGCAUAAAGAAGUCUGAAUCUGAAGAGACUGAAGGCCAAAAGCCUCAUGUAAAACUGAGGAGGGCUGUGUCCGAAAACCCUCGUCCUGCAUCUACACCUCCCACACUGGCCUCUGAGGACAAAGAGGAAGGAGAGGAGGAGAAAAUCGCUGCAGAACUGGAGGGAAGGCGCUUGUCUCCUGUCCACCACAUCAUGUUGACAGAGUGUUGGUCACCUUCACCAACUGCCUCAGAGGAUCCUGUCAGAGAUUUAGCAAAUGACUCUGUAGAGGAGAGUCCAUCACCAGAUUGGACCAGUAAUCACACAGUCUACGAGACAAACUUUUCAAAGAAAAGGGAUUCAUUUGAAAGCUCUCCUCAACGAGAGCGAGAGCUGCAUUGCCUUAAGCAGGAUGUGGAAUUAAAACAGGAGCUUGCCCUGCUGUUGACAGAGCUGGAGGUGAAGGUGCUGUCUCCCCUUGAGGCUCAGGAGCUCAGCAAAACUGCAGGUGAUGUUUUACAGACUCUGACCAUCUUACAGCAGACUAAAGAAGUCUCUAAGGUCCAACUAAAUGAUCGGCCUCUUCUAGUGAUCUUUGAGAAAGAUAAAACAGUCAGAGAGGCCUAUAGGCUGCUACAUUCCCUUCUGGUUUCAUCUAGGCCAGUGCCCAUAACACAAUCCUCCCUCCACCCAGAUCAGCAGAGUUCUCUGGUGGAGGUUCUGAGGAGAGGUAUAGAGACAGGGGACAGGAUACUGAAUCUUCAGCACAACACUGAAAUGAACAUGAGUCCUGAUUCACAGCACAGCUCAAUGAGCAGUACUCCUGAGUUCAGUGGGUCAGCUAGACCUGAAAAUAGUUUAGCUAUUCGAAUGAGAAUGACGGAAAAUGUCCGACGCAGCACUUACAGGAGGCUUGACAGCCUGGAGGAGACUAUUCGCGAGCUGGAAAAUACCCUAAUAAAGAUCAGUGGCCAUCCCGCUGCAGAGCAGCUCUACAGCGAGACUGUGCAGAUGACUGACUCUCCAACCUCAGAGACCAAGAAGCCCCCAGUGCCAUCCAAGCCAUCACCUUGGAGCCCAGCAUCAAUCCAGGGAGGGAAUAGCUCCAGUGCUGGUAAGGUUCCCCACUCCUCAGCCGCCUCCAAGCUGAAGCACCUGCAGCAGAGCAGCACAGACAGCACUAAAAGUGGCAGAAGGGAGGACUUCCUGAAGAUCCAGGGCCAGCAGCAGUGAGUGACCCACCUGUGUCCACUCUCUUCGAUCCUUCACGUUGACUUGACUACAGAACUACCCACGUCCGUUUACCCCCUCAGCUACUCUCACCUCUUCAGUGUUUCUCCAUUUCUACAUUGAACCUCACUCUGUGUGCAUUUGUGCAUGCAAGCAUACAUGCACAGCCAUGUUUGAUUGUAACAGCAAGGGAAGGUGCUGCAAGGGACAGUGCCCAGCCACAAUCAGUUUUAAGGCUUAAUGAUUUCCUCAUUAAUCCCUGAAAACCUCACCUCUUUAGGUCCCUCUCUGCCUCUGUUCUUCUGUGUCCCUGCUCUACCUGAUGGCCUUGGGGACUAGCAGCACUAAUGGCAGUAUUGAGCCAUACCUCUCUGGUAUCAAAAUGGGCAUUUUCUCAGGCCGAGUGCCGUCUCCUGCAGCAGCAUUUGUUCCUGGCCCAAGGGUAUACCACCAGGAGGGGGGAAAACCCUCUUUGAGAGUCUCCUCCAUCCAAGUGAAGGCUCUCUUGGCGAAUUUGUCCACCUCCAGCUUGAGUGCUGAGGCCCUGCUCCACUCUUCCUCCCUCCUUCACCACCGGCUUCUGUGUGAGCAGAGAGCCUUCUCUUUUCCUCU